AAAAAAGCAAACACCGUGUUCUUCCCGUUCUUCCAUCCGAUCGUCUGUCAGAAAAAUCUAAAAAAAAAAUAAAAAAAUCUCCAUUGUACUGAUUAGUGAUUUUCCUAGUUCACUACUGUAGUAAUUUGCUAUCGAAACUACAAUGGAUGAUAACUCUUUGAGCGAUGACGAGGUAAAGGAAUCUCCUCUCAGUCCUGUUAUGGGUGGAAAAAAGCUGAAACUUAACGACGGAAGUUCACAGGAUAGCUCCAAUGGAUCAGCUUCGUCGAGUAAGGUCGUGAAGGAGGAAAAUGUGGACAGUGGGGUGUCCGCAGAUAAAUCAGAGAGCACUAGCAGCGAGGAGCGAGCCCCCGAGCCUUUAGAAGGGCCCUCAAACGUGGUGGUUAACGCGGCGCCCUCGAGCAGCAUCCAUGGGAUCGUUCUAAACAUACGGCGCCCAAGGCUUGGGAGGUGUUAUAGAAAAAGAAAAACCCCCGAAAGAGACUCCGACAGUGAUAAUUCAAGAGAUUCUGAUGAUUUAUCUACAGAAGAAAGCCCUCCUGUGUCAAGGAGGUUGUCUAACAAUUCAGAUGGAGAGAGUGUGGAUUUGGAAAGAUCCUUAGGCGCAUUUUCGGAGGUGUCUAGAAGCCCUUCCAGCCACAGCAACAACAGUUCUUCCAAUGAGUCAAGUUAUGGGCAGUCUAGCAAUGAGCUAAAUCUUAUCAAUUCUGACGACUCGGACAGUGACGAUGGGCAUAUGUGGCAAAGAACUGCUGAUAUUGACCAAGAGGACAAGGCUAAGACCGACAGUGUUAUGUCCAAGGCUAGGCCCAAGCAUAGUUAUUUUAUAUUGAAAGAAAUUCUAAAUCGAGAAAUGGGCCUAACACUGCCCAGUGGAAAAACAACUAAGGAGGAUGUCAUGUUCGAAAAGAGGUUCUACGGCUCUCUGCAUGCUGUAUAUAGGCUGCAAAAGCUGCACCACCUCAACAAGCAUAAAGGCUGUGUUAAUUCUAUAAAUUUUCAUCCUGAAGGACAACUACUAGCGUCGGGGUCGGACGACACUAACGUGGUGGUGUGGGACUGGGCGCGGCAGGCCGCGCUGCAGACCAUCAAGACUGGACACAAGUCCAACGUCUUCCAGAGCAAGUUCCUGCACCUCAACGCUCGGAGCCAGCUCAACAUCGUCACAUGUGCCAGGGACGGUCAGGUCCGCCUCCUGCAAUGCCCACCGAGCGGCGGCGCCACGGUGUCGCGGCGGCGUCUCGCGUCGCACUCGCGCGCCGCGCACAAGCUGCACGUGAGCGCGCACGCGCCGCACCUCGUCGUGUCGGGCGGCGAGGACGGCGUGGUCCUUCAGUGCGACGUGCGCGCCGAGCAGGCCAACAAGCUGUUCCAUGUGAAAGAGUCCGGCUCGUCGAUUCCCCUCUACAGUGUGUCAGGACACCCCCUGGAGCCCCACCUGCUGUGCGUAGCGGGCCGGGACCGCUUCGUCAGAGUAUAUGAUACGAGGCACGCCGCGCGAGCGAGGGACCUCUACUGCCCUAACUCCUUCCAAGACCACGAGACAGACGGCAAGAAGAAGUUCAAAUACAACAUGAUGCAUCUGACAUGCGCGAUUUACAACCACGACGGCAGCGAAAUACUCGGCUCCUAUAACGACGAAGACAUCUACCUUUUCGACAGCAUACGAGAUGUGUACGAUAAAGACAACCCCAACAAAGAAACCAACGGCUACACGCACAAGUACAGCGGGCACCGCAACAGCGCGACCUUUAAGGGCGUCGCGUUCUUCGGUCCCAAGAGCCAGUACGUGGUGUCGGGGUCGGACUGCAGCCAUAUCUACAUCUGGGAGAAGGAGAGCGAGGCCAUCGUGCAGUGGAUGGAGGGAGACGUCGGCGGCGUGGUGAACUGCAUAGAAACUCACCCGCGUAGCCCCGUGCUGGCCAGCAGCGGACUGGAUAAAGACGUGAAGAUCUGGAUCCCGUCCAGCCAGGAGGACCCCAGCUACAAGGGCCUGGAGAAGAUAGUCCGCGAAAACAGUACUACCCAGAGGAGUCCGCUGUUCAGUGAUUUUUUACCUACACUCUAUAACGCGUGGCGCGGCGAGAACCGCCUCUUCACCGACGAGGACCGCGCGCCGCCCUACGGCGGCAACAUCGAGUUCGACGGCAACGUCUGCACCGCCUUCUAGUGCACGGGCUGCUCGGCCUCGCCAGAUAUCUCGGCAACGUCGCCUUAGCCCGAUACUCCAUUAUCAUAUGUUUAUCAUACAAAUAUGAUCAUAGGUCUGUAGCCCAUUUUCUCCAAUGUGAAGAAAGAGGACGGCAUGUUGCCUAUGGUCAUAUUUCUAUGACAAACAUAUGAUAGUGGACUAUCAGCCUUACAUAACACACUGUCUCUGUGUGCGUACAGCGCGCGAAUUUAAUUGGCAUGUAUUGCUUAGUCGCUAUGGAGGGAUUCAAACUGAACCGUUUCGCUAACUGUACGGAGUGAUGAUCGUUUGUGAGAGAUGAUAUCUGUAGUUGGAUAGCCGUUCAGUAGCCCAUUCAAUAUUAGCAUUAUGUUAAUUAUAUUAAACUAUCAUUUGUUAUGAUUAUAAUUGACGAAGGUCGGUCUAAAAAUGUUAAAGAUUCUGUUACGUAUAUAAGUUAUACAUGUUCAUUUGUUAGAGUAUUGUUUGCGUUAUUUUUUAAUGGUCACAUUGCUUAAAGCGUCAUUAACCUGACGUCAUGGUUUAAUACCAUGUAUGAUUAAAAUAUGUAAUUUUCAAUAUUAUUUUUGCUGUUCAUCGUCAUAUAGGUACUAAGAAAUAUGUAUAUUUGUACAUUAUUUAUUAUCGGGGUCGAUUAAAUUAUAUUUGAUUGGA